ACAUAUCCCAUGCACUACAUACAUCUGCCAAUCUUUCUCUGCUCCUCAGCUCUGCCAUUUCAGAGAACAAGUUAACUAAGACAUGGCCUCUAAUGUUUCGUCCGAUCGUGACGUUAAUCAGGUGGUGUUUGAAGCUACGUCUUGCGUGCGCAAAGUCACUCUAAAUAGACCAAGACAAUUGAAUUGUUUGACUUUCGAGAUGAUUUCUCAUUUGUUACGAACUUUCAAAGAGUAUGAACAAGAUCCACAAGUUAGACUUGUAAUAGUAAAGGGAAAAGGAAAAGCAUUUUGUGCGGGAGGAGACGUUGUUCGAGUGAUACAAUCCAUGCUACGAGGUGACUACCGUUCUGUUCUGGACUUUUACAGAAUGCAGCUAACAUUGGAUUAUUUGGUGGCAACAUACAAAAAACCAGUGGUUAUCCUCAUCAAUGGAGCAGUUAUGGGAGGAGGUGCUGGACUAUCCAUGAACGCAAAAUUCCGAAUCGUCACCGAAAAUACGGUGUUUGCCAUGCCAGAAGCAUCAUUUGGACAUCAUCCGGAUGUCGGAGCAUCUUAUUUUCUUUCAAGAUUACCUGGCCAUUUUGGAGAAUACUUGGGACUAACAGGGGCAAAAAUAAAUGGGUCAGAAAUGAUUGCCUGUGGCCUUGCAACUCAUUUUGUUUACUCAAAGGUAUGAUAUAAUUUUAUA